AUGGUCAUCUUAGAAAUUAGUCAUAACUAAAUCAUCUUAUUAAUACUGGUAAGAGAUUUGUAAAAUGCUAAUUCCAUUUAGGAUUACUUGAAAUAGCAUAACUUCAACAAGUCUCUGCAUUAUCUUGAAUGUGAAACAAAUAUCAAGCUAGCAAAGAAUGAUCCUAAAUCUCGGGAAAAUGCAAACAAAUUCUUGAAUCAUUUGUCACUAUUAGUCUUUAAAGGGAAAUGGGAUAAAGUUAGAGAACUGGUGUAGUUCAACUAGGAUCUUAAAUUCGAUGAAAUUAAGGAAUACGUGAAUAGGAUUUACAUUUAGUAGAUCAAUGAAUGUACGGUCAAAGGUGAAACUGCAAUUUUGCAUAAAAUAAUAAGUAAGCAAAGUAAACUCGCCAAAUAAUUUGGUCUCGAAGAAUAUGAAGUAAAGGAUGUACAUGAACAUAAUGAUAAUCUGCAAAAUAAUGGAUGGAAUAUAGAACAAUAGAAGAGAGUGGUUAUCCCAAAAAGACUAGAGAAAUUAGUACAAGACUCGGUGCAUUAUUAGUAUUUAGUAGCAAAGCAAAGAGGCUAAAAAGCUAUAUUUAGAUUUGAUCCAAUUAGACAAUCUCAUGAAGCUUGUCUACUAAGAGAUAUGGUCAGCACUUCAACUCAACAAAACUUCAUCUAGGAGCAUAUGCCUGAAAUAGAAAUCAUGCUUAAGGAAAUUAAGACCAAUUAGCACCAGGAUCAACCUCCAGACUCUUAGGUAUAAAAGCUAAAACUUGCUACUAGUUGUGAUAGCUAAAACGAAGAAAUUAGUGAUGAGUUUUACCUGAGUGAGUUUAUCAAUUAGGAUAAUAGCAAGUAGCAGCAAGCAUCUCAAUCAGCAAACCAAAUUAAUAAGAGUCAGUCAGAUAAAAAAUCUGAAAGCAAACGAGAAAGUAGGAUUAACUCACAGUAAACAGAUAUCAAAAGGCCUAAUUAAAGUUUCAGCAAAAUCAAUGGAGGAUUAAAGUAAAACCCUCAUUAGUAGUCUCAAUAACAGUCAUUAGAGAAUAGCAGUUAGAAUCUCAUUAACUUAGCAAGUAGCCAGAUGAGUUUUUGCAAGAGCAACUAGCUGAAGGCAACUGCUGAUUAUAUGCUGUAGAGCAAAGAUACAAAUCUUUAAACACUUAAUACCAAGGAGAACUCGCUUAAUAUGAACUCAAAUAUGAACAUUUAAGUAAGUUAGUUGCAGCAAAGCAAUUAGGAGAAUUUUUCAAAUAACAUUGGUAAAGUUUCAUCAUAGUAAUCACAAAUAUCAAAUUAGUAAACAAGUUCAAGGAAAAGUCUGAGCAAUUCAGAAACCCUGAGUAAUGAUUUCUAGAAUAAACUUGCUUCGAAAUUACAAAAAUACGAUGAUUAAAAAUCAGUUUCCCCAGUCUGGUAUCUUCGCAAUUGCAAACAGAAUUAAGAAGUAACCAACUAAACACCUUAGGUCAUGUCUCAAAAUACAAGCCAUAAUAAGUAGAAUAUAGAUGCCAAGUCAAGAUCAGUAAGCUGCAGUGAGAAAGGAGAAGAAAAUUAAAAGAUCAGCUCUCCAAGCAAGGAUAAUAAAAGUAGUUGUGACAAAAGCAUAGUUGGAGAUAAUAAUUGUAACAACAACAAUAAUAAUGAAGAUUUCGACAAGGAUAUGAUCUCAGUGGAUGAUGAGAUAAUGAAGUAGGAUCUAAAUUACCCUAAUUUAAUUGAUGAAAGUCAUGAAAAUAUUAUACCUAGCCAGAUUAACCCGGAGUAGUUUGGUAAUUUAGGGCAAAUAGAUGACGAAGAAUCUAAACAGGCGAUUAUCAAUAGAGAUAUAGAAUAAAUGGAAAUCAGACUUGCCAAGGUCAAACUUUCUGGCUAUUUGAAUGAAGGUGCAAUUAUCAGAGCUGCCUGUUUUUGUCCCAACAACGAUUAUAUAGCCGUGGGUACUAACUCAAAGUCUAUUAAGAUAUGCAGAUUGCCUGACUAGAAUUUAAGAAAUUAGAAUGAGACAGAGCAGUUGCAUGUAGUUUAUGAUUGCAAAAAUCAUCAUCAAGGAGGAAUAUACACUAUAGAUUGGGAAAGCACAAAUAAUUUAAUUUGUAGUGGCUCUGCGGAUAAGAUGGUCAAGGUAUUUUAAGUACCAAAGCUAGAUCCUUUAGAGUAAAAGGAUUUUAGGCUUAAGGUGAUAACUAUGACAGGUCAUCAAGGAAUUAUUAGAAGUGUAACUUUUGAAAAGAAAAAUCCAGCUUUGAUACUUUCUGGAGGUCAAGGAGAUUAGUAUAUAAGAGUCUGGGAUUGUGUUAAAGGUACUCAAGUUCAAUAACUAUAAGGACAUCAGAAUGAUAUUCACUCUAUAAAAUGCUCACAUGACGGUGAGUUGAUCUCUUCUGUGGGAGUAGACCAGAGAAUACUGCUUUGGGAUCUAAGAUAGAAUAAGAUGGUUGUGGAAGCUGCAGUUGGCCAUAAUGAUGGGAUGGUAUCAAUUUGGGAUUUAAAUAUGAGGAAAUUUGUAUUUAAAUAAUAAUCUCAUCAAGGGGAAUGUCGAGGAGUCUGCUGGUCAAAUAAUGAUAGAUUUUUAGCUUCAGCCGGAUUUGACUAUCUUAUUAAAGUUUUCAAAGUUGAAAUUAAUUAAGCAGGUGCUAGAAUGGAGUAAUUAUCUUAGCAAAGUCACGAUGAUAAAAUAGUUUCAAUCAGAUUUAACACCUCAGAUAACCUACUGCUAAGUUCAUCUUCUGAUAAAACAGCAAGAAUUUGGAGUUUUUGA